AUGUCAAAAACGUCCCCUGUUACUUUUUGCGAAGAAAAACUUCACUUCCCCAACGGUAGCUAUACUGUUGUUGUAGCCGCUGAAUUUGACGCUGAUGGCAAGACGCGUCGAAUCGGCAAGAAGUGCGACUUCAACGGUGGUGCGAUCAGACCUGCCGGUGACCAGUGUAGAGUGCUCCAUGAGGGUUGCCGUUCUUACGGAACAUAUAUCGGGAAGCAUCUUUCUCAAGAAAAGAAGGCUGUGCUUCUGGAAUUGCCCCGCGAUAAUCCUGCUUUGAAGCUAUCAGAAUUGAAGAACGGCACGAACGAGAAAACAGGCAAAGUCACUAUGGCUGGCGCCGAGUUUGACCUUCUUUUGGGCUCAUUGGAUAGAUGCGGGUAUCAUUUAGAAAUCGCGAAGGAGACCGCAAAAAAAGCAGAUUUCCAUGAGCUGGAGGAUGCUACGUUGUCAGCUCGAGUGUCUCCAAAUUUGGCUCUAUCAUAUCCUAUCGAGCAUGCGAAAUCAGCAACAGCUUCCUCAACGACAACGUCAGCAACAACAAUAACGACAACACACUUUCUAGCACCGGAACAGCAACAAAACCUAUCCCUGACGAAGAAAUAG